AUGGGCAUAAACGCCAGUAUAUUUCAUUCAAAAAGGGAGCAUAAAGGUGAUACGUUGUUCGACCACGCGAAAGCAAAUGGUGCAGAAGACAACUGCGAAACGCCAGACUAUGGACAGUGCAAAAUAUUAUUCGCAAAUCCAGAGAAUAUCCUUUCAGAUAUUAGUAAAAUGUUGAUGAAAUCCGAUGUAUUUCAAAAGAACGUGUCGCUUGUGUGAUUGAAGAGGCUCAUUGUCUUGAAAUGUGGUAAGUACAUUAUUAUUCAAGGUUUCACGGUAUAAACUGUCGCCAUUUUCCAAGUAGGGCAAACUGAUUCAACUGACACAUGAAUGGAUCAAGGACAAACGCAAUGUGAUUUCCCUAGUGUAUUGAUCAUAUGCAUUUUAUAGUCAUUGUGUUUGUCCUACUUGUAAAAUGGUGGUUGUUACCGUGAAACCUUUUAUUUUGAUAAGUUCACAAUAAAAUAUACAGAACUUUGUUACCCAUUGUCAGGUAGUUCAAUUUUUUUUUUCAUCAUUGGGUCAUUCCAGAAAACACCCAUACCUCCCCCACGAAGGAAAUUGGAAGUUCGCCCCCCCUAUCUACCCCCCCCCCCUCUGGACGGCAGAAAUUUCUUCCGUGGGGGGGGGGGUGGACCUUUUCAUGAACAACCCAAUUCAUAUAGUAUGAAAGUUGUUUUAUUUCUGAUAAAAAAUAAAGUUAUGAACUUGCUGAAAAGUGAUAACAAAUUAGAUACAUUGAUACAACUAGUCAUGUUGAAUACAACUUGCCAGGGUCAAAUGUCGAACUUUUCAUGCACUGAACCCAAUGCAAGUGAAGUGAAUCAAGUAACUUACAGUAGCUAUGAUUUACAUUAGGUUCGGCACAUGGAAAGUUCAAUGUUUGACCCUGGCCUAACUUAUCUUAACCAGUUUACUUGCAUUACUCACAGUACUGGAGUAAAAUUGCCUGGAGUUAGAGAAAAUAGAAAGUUUAAAACUUUGAUUCUGCCAAAUUUCGUAAUGAUAUUAGUCAGCAAAACUGGGACUUUAUCCAUCAAUUUAAGAAUCCUAACGAUAUGUGGCAUACUUGGAAAAACACUUUUAAUUUUGUUGUAGAAAAGCAUGCUCCUUUACGCACAAAGCGUGUCAAGGCCUCUAAAGCGCCUUGGAUUUCAUCUCACUUGAAAGGUGAAAUGCACAAAAGAGAUAUUCUUAAAAUCAAGGCAAUCCGGUCUAAUGGUCCUUUAGAUUGGCAUAUUUUUAAGAAAAUGCGAAAUUCCGUAAAUCAAAAUAUUGCCCGGGCGAAGGAAAACUAUUUUAAACGUUCGUUUUCUGAAAAUAAAUCCAACUCGAAAAAGACCUGGAAUAUUAUUAAUGAUCUCACAUCUAAAAAUCGAAAAAGCUCGCAUAUUCACGAAGUUGAUUUGGAUGGUAAUUUGAUUAACGAUUCCAACAAAAUUGCUGAUGCUUUUAAUGAACACUUCUCUAACAUUGGUUCGAAGCUUGCAGAUAAUGUAGAUGUUAAUCAGAAUAAUCGUUGUUAUCUCGAUUAUUUACCUAGUCAAAAUAACAACAUCCGUUUUCAAUUAAAAGAAACUAAUUUCUCUGCAGUUUUCGUUCUUUUUGUGCAAGCUAAGUAGGUCAAAAGCUACUGGUCUGGACAAAAUUUCGUCCCGCCUACUUCGAGAGUGCCCUGAUUUAAUAGCGGAAUCUCUUAGCUACAUUUUUAAUCGAUCAAUUGUCUCCGGAGUAUUCCCAGAUGAGUGGAAACACGCUAAAGUUGCCCCAAUACACAAACAAGGGAAACGUAAUUGCCCUGACAAUUAUCGUCCGAUUUCCAUUGUUUCGGUAGUGGCUAAGGUUUUCGAAAGAAUAAUUUAUGAUCAGCUGUAUUUAUUUCUAUCUGAAAAUAGUCUGUUAACUAAUUGUCAGUCGGGAUUUCGUGGUCUACAUUCUACUGUCACCGCCCUUCUUGAGGCCACUAACGAUUGGGCUUAUAAUAUUGAUCAUGGAAGCGUAAAUGCUGUCCUGUUUCUCGACUUCAGGAAGGCGUUUGAUACCGUAGACCACGAGAUUCUUUUAGGAAAACUAAAUUCAUAUGGCAUCAAUGGUGUUGCUGGCAUCUGGUUCAGAUCAUAUCUCAGUGAACGGAAACAAAAUUGUUUCGUUAAUGGUCAUUUUUCGACAAAUCGUUUACUCCGUUGCGGAGUUCCCCAGGGAACUAUUCUGGGGCCACUUUUAUUCUUAAUCUAUAUCAAUGAUCUCCCGAAUUGCCUCUCUCACUCACGUGCACGCAUGUAUGCAGAUGACACUCAUUUGACUUACGCAAGUAACGAUAUUGAUGACAUUGAUCAUCACUUCAACGAAGAUCUUGCUAAAGUCAGUGAGUGGUUAGUAGCCAACAAACUUACUUUAAACGAAUCUAAAACAGAAUUUAGGCUAAUCGGCUCCCGUCAAAUGAUUAGUACUUUCAACUCUAGUCCUUCACUGACAAUAAAUGACGUACCAAUUAAACAAGUCUCUCACACAAAGUCACUUGGUGUACAUUUAGACGAGAACUUGAUUUGGAAUGUUCAUAUCGAGAAAUUAUGCAAAAAAGUCGCUUCUGGCAUAGGUGCAUUAAAGCGUAUAAGGCCAUUCGUCCCACCUUCCACAAUGCAACUUAUUUACAAUUGCUUAGUUCAACCCUAUUUCGAUUACUGUUGCGUUGUCUGGGAUAGUUGCGGCAGUACUCUUGCGAAUAAACUGCAAAAACUCCAAAAUCGAGCCGCAAGAGUACUUACUUCAUCUAAUUAUGAUACAAAUGCUGAAUAUCUAAUUGAAAAAUUGUGCUGGAAAAACCUUGAAUCUCAGCGAAAGAUUGCCAAAGCUAUAAUGGUCUAUAAAUCUCUUAAUGGUUUUGUGCCAGACUACCUGUCUGAAAUGUUUGUUGAUCGAAGUAGCGUAACAAAUUAUACAUUGAGAGACACCAGUAGAAAAUUAGCUUUAGCUCAACCACGCACAAAUUACCUGAAAAAUAGUUUUAGCUAUAGUGGUUCUGUGCUGUGGAACUGCCUUCCGGUUGAGUUGAGACAGUCUAACUCAUUACGUAAAUUCAAGUCAGACUGCAGCAACUUUAUACAUUAGAUUUUUAUAUUAAUAUAUUAGCACGGCACUUAUGGAAAACAGGUGUUCUUGUAAUAUAUAAUUAGUAUUAGUAUAGUAUGUAUACAUAAUUAGUGUCUUAAUUAACUUUUAUAUUCUGCAAUCUGUAACUAUAUUGUAUUCACUUAUCAUCUUUUAUGUAAAAUCCUGAUAAGUCUACCGUGGGUAAAUAAAGUUCACAAUCACAAUAAAUACUAAACAGGAUGCAUUGCUAGUAAAUUAGUUAAAACCAAUGGUUGUACCAUAUAUAUGCAGUGCUCAAAUGGCUAGUGUUAAGUUAAAAACUGUUUUGUUUUGUUUGCAAUAUUUUUUACUAUUUUUAUGUUCAUUUUGACUUUUAGGGGAAAUGAUUUUAGAAAGGAUUUCAAAGGACUGGACUGUCUCAAAGCAUUCUUUCCAUCAAGCCCAACAUUGAAUCUUUCAGCUACUGCACUACCUUAACUUAUCAUGAAGUUGAAGGAAAGUCUAUGCCUGAGCAAGGACUGUAAGAUUGUCAGUAAAAAUCCGAACAAAGAAAAUAUAUUUCUAGAUCGGCAAAAACGUGCAAGUAACAGCUAUGGAUAUGAAAGUUAUGACAUUAUAUUAAGGCCAAUUGCUGAAUCGUUACUAAGAAUGAAUGUACUUUAUCCACUCACUAUAAUAUACAUGAAAUUGAAAUACUUUGGUUAUGCUUAUGCUUUAUUCGAUCAAAUUUUCAAAGAAAACCAGUACAAGGGUAGUUGAAAAUAUUCCUAAAGCCCGCUUGUUCGCCCAAUUUCACUCUCAGCAGACCAAGAGAAUGAAGGAGGAAAUUAUUGCAGAAAUUACAAAAGAGAACUCCACAAUCCGUGUAGUAUUUGCAACAACAGCAUUAGGAAUGGGUGUAAACGCCCCUCAUGUUAACCAUGUGAUUCAUAAUGAUAUUUGUGGUGUUACUCUGAAUGUAUAUCCACACCGGGCGAGCUUGAAAAAUAUGCCCGGCCACGCUGGGAUUCGAACAUACUACCUUUGGAAUACUAGCCCAAUGCUCUUCCAACUGAGCUACGCGGUCAGGACGGUUCGAGUAAGUGAUAUUUCGGAACAGAAUCUAGUUCCUUCGAUACCAAUAUAUUCUAGUAAUAUGAAUUUUUUCUGUGUUGGUGUGGUGUACUCAAGUGUAGAUAUACACUCAGAGUAACACCACAAAUAUAUAUUCACCUUAGUACACUGCACCAACACAGAAAAAAUUCAUAUUACUAGAAUACAUUGGUAUCGAAGGAACUAAAUUCUGUUCCGAAAUAUCACUUACUCGAACCGUCCUGACCGCUUAGCUCAGUUGGAAGAGCAUUGGGCUAGUAUUGCAAAGAUGGUAGGUUCGAAUCCCACCGUGGCCGGGCAUAUAUAUUUUUCAAGCUCGCCCGGUGUGGAUAUACACUCAGAGUAACACCACAAAUAUCAUAUUCACCUGAGUACACUACAUGUGAUUCAUAUUGGGCCGCCUUCAAAUUUGGAAUCCUAUUUCCAACAAAUAGGACGAGCUUGCCGUUGCGGACAGCCAGCUAUGGCAACACUAUAUUAUAAUAACUCGGAUGUAGACAGUAAAAAAACCAACAUUGAUGACACAAUGAAAAUGUACUGUCAAUCAAUUGAUGUUUGCCUCAGAAAGAUGGUGUUGGAAUAUUUGUUAAGCAGAGAAGAUGUUGCUGUCUUUGUGAUGGCAAUUCUGAGAAGAAUUAUUUAGAUGGAAGUAAAUCAGAAGAAAGUGUGGUUAAAAGAAAGGUUAGAACAUUGUCUGCCUCACAAGUUUCCAAAUUAUAUAAAGAGAUUCAAGAAGUAAUGUCAUCUUUUAAAAGUGACAAAAAUAGUAAUAAAUACAAUUUAAUGUAUUGUCAAACUGAAUUACCUCCUGCAAGUACUCUAAUGGAAGGUAUUGAGUAUAUAUUAGAUGAUGCUGACUCUCUAAAUAACUAUGGCAUAUGUGAUGAAUUGUGUGCUUAUAAGCUUAUGAGUGUUAUUACAAAACGUAAACGUACGACUAUAAGCUCCCCGACUAUAAGCCCCCACAUAUACUAACGCUCACCUCGUUCCAGAUAUAAGCCGCCCCCCCCCCUCCCCGAAUAUAAACUGCCCAAUUAUAAGUCCCCGGAAUUUGUGUCCGGAAGCCCACUAUGUUACUCAACAUUGACAUUGUCUUUUAAUAUAGCAGAGAACGAUAUUUAAAACAUUGUCAUUGUCUUUAUAGCCGACUAUGUUAAUUAAUCAAAAACCAAUACAAGCCGACAAUUUCAAAAAAUAUAAUACAAAACAUAAUCCGAAGAUAAGCAUCUUGAAACCCAAAAUAUGAGUCAAACAAGAAAGUGAGUGAGUAAUAUUUCGAUUUUAUUACAAAAUCAUCAUCAGACUGAAGUUACAAUAUACACAUGGUGUUAUAUGCAAGUUGGCAAAGCAUGAUGACAGCUUAACGGAAGUCUCAAUCAGAACCACGACAGUUGCAGUGAGAUGUAAGUGUGAUGAAAUCCGACCAAAAGUGCUAUUGGACAGCAUAUUCACAACUGCAAACAUGCGCAAUACAUUGUAAACCUACACUUUGUUUUUGACAAACUUAACAACCCAACUGACGCUGUCAAUAACGUUUCCACUUUUAUUUCCAACUUAAUAUUUGACAACUCUCGAAUUCUUCACACUAUUUAUUCUCGCACAUCUAACUUACUCUUGUUGCUUGAAGCUUCAUAUAUCAAGUAUUAUUCACCCAGUUUAAACACUGGACUCAAAGCCAGCAAAGAACUCAAGCUUUUUUCUUAAUCUAUACACCCAUAUUUCAUCACACUUACAUCUCACUGUAACUGUCGUGGUUCUGAUUGAGACUUCCGUUAAGCUGUCGUCAUGCUUUGCCAACUUGUAUAUAAGACCAUGUGUAUAUUGUAACUUUAGUUAGUCUGAUGAUGAUUUUGUAAUAACAUCGAAAUAUUACUCACUCACUUUCUUCUUUCACUCAUAUUUUGGGUUUCAAGAUGCUUAUCUUCAGAUUAUGUUUUGUAUUAUAUUUAAUUAAUCAAAGCGUGCUAUAUAUACAUGUUUAUUUUCCUUGUUCACGUCUAACUUUAUUACUAACGCAAAAGAUCGUCCAUGUUUUAGCUCCCCGUAUAUACCUCCCCCUGUAUAAUCCCAUCAACAAUCGCUUAGGAAAGUACAGUAUAUUUAUGCCCAGGGCUUAUAGUCGGAGGUUUAUGAUAUAUUAUUACAUUAUGUGUUUUCCAAGUAAAUAUAUCUAGCCAUUAUUUUGGUGCCACAAAAUUGUAUAAUAUUUUGUAUUGGGCCUGUUGCAUAUUAUCAGCAUGGGUAGCCUUUGACCCCCCUGUCGAACAGCAUUUUAAACACUGAAUUCAAAAAGGUUCAGGAAUAUAAAAUUAGGGGACCCUAAAAACAUGGGGCCCUUAAAUGUGCAGAGCUCCUAAAAUUGCGGGACCCGUGGCAUAUGCCGCUUCUACUAUAUGGUUAAUCCGACACUGAUAUACAUGUAUUUAUAAUUCAAAAAGGACUAUAAUUCAAAAAUAGUCUAGGACCUGUGUAUGAGUUUGUAUGCAUUUCAUUUAGGACAGAUAAUCUCAACUGUUUUAGGGUAAGUUGACCAUGACGGUCAACAUGGCAACGCUGCCCGAACCCCAAUCCGGGGCGGCGAAACGUCCGAAACUGACCACACCCAAAAACGACGCUUUCGCCAUACUGCUAUCUACCAAACCAUAAAAACUUUGGCUAUUCUGAGGUGCUUAUAUGGUUCAGAGAUGGUACUUUUGGGGAUGGUCAUUGGUAAGUGUGAAAUGCCUAGCACUAAUAUUUCACAACCUAUGGUUCACUUUGGCACUAACAUAUAUAUAUAUAGUUAAUCAACUCAACACAUAACGUUUCGACUUUAUUGUCUUCAUCAAAUAUAAUCCUACUUUACAGGCGAACCCAAUUUAUACCCUCCCAAUUUUGCUAAUUAUGCAUAAUAUGAAUAUAAGUGAUUUACCAUACAAAUAACAAUAUCCUGUUAACUAUAAUUAAAAUUGCUGCGCAUUCUCUAUGUUCAAUCCCGAAGGAUACAUUGUCUUUAGUUUGCUUAUCCAAAAUGCCUCACGUCUGGUCGGUUCCGCUGGGUCAGUUUUAUCAAUUAAAACAAUCUCGCAAACACUAAUCAAUCCAUUAUGUCCAUUACCGAAGAAAUGUUGAUGGAAAAACAUUUGUGUAUAGGUCUCGUUAUUAACUGCCUUUUUGUGGCAGGCUUUAUAAUUAUUCCAACGGUACCUAAAUUUAUCUGUUGUUUCGCCAACAUUUUGUUUUUUACAGACUUUACAAGUGAGAAGAUAAACCACACAUUUCGUGUCGCAAUUCAACCCAUGGUUUACCAUCUGUUGAACACACAAAGCUGUCGGUUUCUCCUACAGCAGUCAUGGACGAAGGUCAUGCACUCUUGAGCUCCGAUAAUAUAGAUUUUGAAUUGGCUGAUAAGACCUCAACUAAUGUUGCAGAUCAAGUAAAAUACAUAAAUGGUACGUCAAAGUAUCUUGUUGUAAAUGACAAGAACAAAUUCAAAUGGAUAGGCCCUUUUGAAGGUCUCAAAAAUUUGAUGAACGAAUUGACCGGCAAAGAAACAAAAUGGUCGUCUCCCGGCGGCUAUUGUAAGUUGCUUUAGCUGAAUGAAGUUGCUGUAAGAUGGUAUUCAGAUAGUAACUCACUUACAAUUAAUGGAAAGUCGUGUGAUGAGUUUAAGACUCAACUUAUUCAUCUCAACAAACAGCUACAGUUAGAAUCCGAAGACACAAAUGCUGCCUGUGUCUCUGGUAAUGGCGAAAUACCAAUCAACUUUGAUGAGGAAGCAGUAAGUAACGAAAGCGAGAAUCAAAUUUCCACUGGUCAGUUAAACGAGUAUGAAUCAUUGCUUAAUACCGUAAGAAGCCUUGAGGCGAAGUUGGAAAGUAGGAUAAAUGAUCUCGCAAGCGAAGUGCACGAGACUAGACUAGAAUUACAUGUCGAGAAAAUUGCGCGAGGGAACCUAGAAGCUGAAUACACAAAACUUGCAAGCGAAGCUCUGGAAAUAAGAUCAGAAUUAGAUAUCAGGAACCUCACAAGAGACGAGAACGAAAUCAUCAAGUCUCGUGACGAAUCAAUAUCUACGGUUUUUAAUAAGGGAUUUCUCGUUAAAGAGAACGCUAGUCUUAAAGAUGAAAAUGCUUUACUUAAACAGCAGAUUAACAACUACGUACAAAUGUAUUACAUCGGACUUGAGAACAAAGGUCAAAGAUUUAGAAAAUGAAAAAGACAGCUUGGUCACCGUUAUUAAAAUUCUACAUGAUGAUCAAAAUCAACAUACUUGUCAUGCUAAUAAAUCUAUAGCGUCUUGGAAUGUUGUAAACAAUCAUAAAAGGUCUCAGAUUGGCCGUGGUUCCUCAAAGAAUUAUUCUACAAUUGGUCCCAGUGGUGACAUCAGGGACAAAGAUGGUGAAACUCGGAUAAAAAAUCAAUAUAUUGUCUUGAGUGAUGAUAUCGACAACAGUGAAGCUAGUGAGGACGACAGCGUCAUCUUAAAGUCUACACAGGUUCCCCAGAAUAAAGAAAUCCAGGACACUAGCAAAGAAAGACCUAAAGAUCCAAAACAUGGCUGUGUUGCUGAAAUUCCUAACACGACAAAAACAAAAGAGAAAUUAAGCCUUCAACAAAAGGGCUUGGGUAAGAAUCAAAUGAGCGAAUCUGAUGACAAAGCUGCUCAAUCAAAAGCCAACAAGCAGAGGUCACAGCAGAUUAACCAGGAACAAAAGAAGUAUAAGAAUAAGAAACAAAAGGUGAAGAAUAACGAACAAAAGGCAAAGGAAAACGAGCAAACGAGAGAAGCGCAUAAGGCAAGUGAGGAAAUAACAGCAGAAAGACAACGCACUAAAGAAACGGUCGUUAUAGCUGGAGAUUCGAUUAUAAAAUAUGUAAAAGGUUGGGAAGUAUCCAACACUGACAGAAACGUAAUAGUUAAGUCUUUCUCAGGUGCAACAGUUAAUGAUAUGUCUGAUUUCUUAAAGCCCA